AUGACUUCCUCCGCAACCACAAACCUGUCCAAUAAAUCACAACAAGAACAACAACCAAAGUCGGAGAACAACGAGAACAAAAUCCCCCCGCUCGCGCUCCCAUCCACAUCCGAUUCGACCAAUCAAAAACUAGACGUCAACGGAGAAGGCACAACCGUAUCGCUAGACCAUCUGGGCCCCAUCGUGGUGAAUCAAGAUGGCACAAUGAGUCGGAUAUCAAAUUGGGACAAGAUGACGGAGAUUGAACAGAAGAACACAAUGAGGAUUAUUGGGAAGAGGAAUAAGCAGCGAUUGGAGGCGCUGAAGGCUGCUGGUGUUGGGGCUGAGGAGUCUUGA